UAUAUUAUUACGCACACCGCGCGCAACGGUGUGUAUCUAUUUUGCAAAUGUAAAUUUGUUUAGCUUUUUAAAUACAGAAUGGGCAUAUUAGAGAAAAUAUCUGAAAUUGAAAAAGAAAUUGCUCGAACACAAAAAAAUAAAGCAACUGAAUACCAUCUAGGAUUAUUGAAAGCAAAACUUGCAAAAUAUAGAUCACAACUUUUAGAACCUGGAAAGAAAUCUGAGAAAGGAGAGGGUUUUGAUGUAUUGAAAUCUGGAGAUGCAAGAGUAGCUUUAAUAGGUUUUCCUUCAGUGGGAAAAUCUACUUUAUUAAGUACUUUAACACAUACAGAAUCUGAAGCAGCAUCUUACGAAUUUACUACUUUAACUUGUAUUCCUGGUGUUAUUGAAUAUAAAGGGGCGAAUAUUCAACUUCUUGACCUUCCUGGAAUAAUUGAAGGCGCAGCACAGGGUAAAGGAAGAGGUAGACAGGUGAUUGCUGUUGCUAGAACAGCAGAUUUAGUCCUUAUGAUGUUAGAUGCUACUAAACAAGAUGUACAAAGACAACUUUUAGAAAAAGAAUUGGAAUCAGUUGGUAUACGACUUAAUAAGAAAAAGCCGAAUAUAUAUUUUAAAAUAAAGAAAGGAGGUGGAUUGGCCUUUAAUUCGACAUGUCCACUGACAAAAGUAGAUGAGAAAUUAGUUCAAAUGAUUCUACAUGAAUACAAGAUUUUUAAUGCAGAAGUUUUAUUCCGCGAAGACUGUACUGCAGACGAAUUGAUCGAUGUGAUCAAUGCCAACAGAGUAUAUUUGCCAUGUCUUUAUGUACAUAACAAAAUAGAUCAAAUAUCAAUAGAAGAAGUGGACAGAAUUGCUAGGCAACCUAAUAGUGUAGUAGUUAGUUGUAAUAUGAAGUUGAAUUUGGACUUCUUGCUUGAAACACUAUGGGAAUACUUAUCCUUAAUAAGAGUAUACACAAAGAAACCUGGACAACCACCCGAUUUUGAUGAUGGUUUAAUAUUAAGAAGAGGUGUUACCGUGGAACACGUGUGUCACGCCAUUCAUCGCACACUUGCUCAGCAAUUUAAAUAUGCUCUUGUUUGGGGUACAAGUACAAAGUAUUCUCCGCAAAGAGUGGGAGUGCAGCAUGUUAUGCACGACGAAGAUGUUAUUCAAAUAGUUAAAAAAUAAAAUUCACGAAAUUGUAUAAAUUAUUACCUAUGAAAGUCUAAAUGGCAAAGUACAGCUUUAUAUAGUUUCUUUUAGAUUUUAUAUACAUUUAAAACAUAC